AUUCCCAAUCAACCUGGACAGCAUGGUGACUGUCUGGGCCUGAGGCGUUAACCCCGUGUUGGUGACCAGUGCUGAGUAUUUCUCCUUGUGUUUUUAUUUCAGUCAGAAACCAUCAAAAGGAGGAAUCGAGAAGCCAACUCUAAACUGGCGGCGGGGAAUAAACUGAAGGCUGAAGCUCUACAUGGGUUAUAACUGACCAUUUCCCCAGUCACAAACACUAUUCCACUGAUUUGUUGGUAUUGCUCUGUUUUCAUGAAAGUUUCAAAUCAACUCCCUAACAUAUCUAACCGCAAAAAUCCAAACUUUCCUCCGGUGGAAACAUCAAAAUUCACUGUCUGUUGUUACCUGAUGCUGUGACCUCUCUCCCAGUAUGGCUGACUUCCUAGCUGAAUUGUGUGACACUGAUCGUUCUAACCCAUUUCCGGUGUGGGACAAUGGUAGUGUUGGGUAUUGCUUCACUCAACUCGUCCUUAAUGUACUGCCGCACACAGCUCUGGCUCUUGCCAGCGCCUGCUAUCUUAAUACCCCUCGGUCCCGCUGGCAGAGUUUCACCUGGAGCUGGGAAUGUAGGAUUAUCAUCUCCUUCGUUCAGGUGGCUCUUUUCCUCUUUGAUGUGGUGACAGUCAUCUUUUUUCCGAACUUAAAAACUCUGUGGCUCGAGGUCCUGGUGGACUCUGUUGCUGUGAUAGCCUGGCUUAUCCAUGGCCUGGCAGUGGUUGCCCUCAGUAAGUCUCAGUAUGGCCGCUCGCUGGGUCCAGCAAUAUUGCCUUUCUUUGCGGUCCUGCCUGCCCCUGCAUUAAUUAUCAACCUGAUUGCUGAUUGUCAGAUCGGACAGGUCACAUGCUCCGAUUACCUUUCCAGCUGGUUGAGAUUCAUUUUGAUCUGUGCAGAAUUAACUUUGCUCCUUGUUUAUCUGGUUGUGCUGGUCGCAUCCCAGCCUGGAAGAGAUGAAAUGAACCCAGAACAGGAGCCAUUGUUGCAAGAUCAGUCUGCAGGAUCUGAAGGAGAGAUUAUGGCUGAAGAUGGAGCCAGCUGGAUCUCUCACCUUUUCUACUUCUGGAUGAACCCUAUCAUGAAGCGUGGCUACAAAUUGCAGAUUAACCAACCCAAUGAUGUUUACCAGCUACCACUGAAACUUCGGACCCAUGACAUAGAAGAGCAUUUUCAGAAAUGCUGGCAGAAGUGUGUGUUGGAGGAGGCAUCCAAACAAGAAAAGAAACAACGCAAGUCAAAAUCUGAUGGUAAUCAGAGUAUUGAUGGCCAUCAGCACAUCCGCAGAAGUUCUUGGCGUGACCAGCAGAGGUCUGAGGCAGCUCAGAAAGAUGCCACAUCUCCGAAUGUCACCAAGGAAGUGCAUCUGCUCUCUGUUUUGAAUAAAGCCUUUGGCUGCCGUUUUUACUCCCUUGGGCUGUUAAAGUUCAUAGGCAGCAUGUUAGGCUUUGCGGGACCACUUCUUUUAAACUUGCUGGUGACUUUUAUGGAGUCGGACACACAACAAAUGACCAAGGGCGUCUGGUACGCACUGGGAUUGUUUCUCAGCACUUUUGUUGGUGCUGUUCUCCUCAACCAGUUCAAUUACCGAGUCAUGACCAUCAGCCUGAUGGUCCGUUCAGCUCUAAUAUCUGCAAUCUACCGCAAAUCUCUGCGGGUCAACACGACCACUCUGUCCACAUUCUCCGUGGGGGAGAUUGUCAACUUCAUGAGCACUGACACAGACCGGAUUGUGAAUUUCUUUCCUAUCUUCCAUGACUUGUGGAGCUUACCCUUUCAGUUUGGGAUCACUCUCUACCUUCUAUACCAACAGGUUGGUGUAACCUUCCUAGGAGGCCUUGUGAUAGGCUUACUGCUGGUGCCAUUAAACAAGCUCAUUGCCAGCAAAAUUAUAGAGAAUAGCAAGAAACAUCUGGGACAGAAAGACUCCAGGGUCAGGCUGAUGACUGAGAUUCUGUUUGGAAUGCGUGUAAUAAAGUUCUACACCUGGGAGAAACAUUUCACUGAAAAGGUGGCUGAGAUCCGGGAGAAGGAGCUCAGCCGUCUCAAAGUCAUCAAGUACCUGGAUGCAGUUUGUGUUUACAUGUGGGCUGCACUUCCUGUUGUGAUCUCCAUCCUUACCUUUGUCACCUAUGCUUUGUUGGGACACCAGCUCACUGCUGCCACGGUGUUCACAGCCCUGGCUUUGGUGGGAAUGUUGAUCCAGCCCUUAAAUAACUUCCCUUGGGUGUUGAAUGGGAUACUACAAGCAAAGGUUUCUUUGGACCGCAUCCAACGCUUUCUCCAGCUUUCUGACCAGGAUCUCAGCACCUACUAUAUGGCACGAGAACCAGAGGACCCGGACUCCGCAUUGGAGCUACAUGAUGCUUCCUUCUCCUGGAUUCCUCAAGAAGCAUCAGGGGACUCAGGAACCAGACUUGAAGGCAGUUUGGAGCUCCUUAACCUGAAUCUAAUGGUGAAACAGGAGCAGCUGAUAGGAGUUGUUGGGAAGGUUGGUUGUGGCAAGAGCUCCCUGAUAGCAGCGAUAUUGGGAGAACUCAACAGGCUUGGUGGAGAAGUGUAUAUCUCAUCGCAAAAUAAAGGCUUUGGUCUGGCAGCUCAAGAACCCUGGAUUCAGUUUACCACUAUCCGGGAAAAUAUCCUUUUUGGAAAUAAGUACGAUGCCAAGCAGUACAAAGAAGUGAUUGAAGCGUGUGCACUGUCAGAGGAUCUUAAUAUUCUGCCGAAUGGUGAUCAGACGGAAGUUGGUGAGAGCGGAGUGACCCUCAGUGGUGGACAGAAAGCUCGUGUCGCCCUAGCCAGAGCUGUUUACAUGGAUAAAGAACUAUACCUCCUUGAUGACCCAUUAGCUGCCGUCGAUAAGGAUGUAGCCAAACACCUGUUGGAAAAAUGUAUUUUGGGAGUUUUGAAAGAUAAAACUGUCAUCCUUUGUACACAUCGGACAGAGUUUUUGGAUAUGGCUGAUGUAGUAGUGUUAAUGGAAGAUGGAAGGAUUGCAAAGACAGGUACCCCCAGUGAAAUCCUGCCCAAAGUGGAAGCUUACCCAACCACAAAACAGAAGAAGGCCAAAAAGAAAGUUGCAGCUGGCAUCAAGAGUCCAAAGGAAGAGGACCAGGAACCCGAGGAGCUGACACCAGUUGGAGAAGAGCAAAUGGAGGUUCAUAUCGGGCCUGAGGAAGUGAAGAAAGUUGGCGCAGUCUCACUGAAAGUGUACCGUUCGUACUGGAUGUCGGUUGGCAAAUGGCUGGCACUUUCUGUACUUGUCUCUCUAUUACUGAUGCAAGCUUCUCGGAAUUUGUCUGACUGGUGGCUCUCUCACUGGAUCACUCAUAUGGGGCAUCAGAAUGCAACUGGACAAAACCGACCUUCUGCAGCUCUCUAUGCACGGCAAUUAGUGCGCUUCAUUCGGUCUCAGUCCAAAGGAAAGGUUUCGCCACAACUCAAGUUCUUUCUCACCGUCUAUGGCUGCAUUGCUGCCAUGAACACAGUGUUCACUGCAGUCCGAGCCUUUCUGUUCGCCUAUGGAGCAAUUUGUGCCGCAGUGAUUAUUCAUAAUAAACUUCUGCUUCGGGUGCUGAAGGCAACGACCGUGUUUUUUGAUGUGACGCCUGUUGGACGCAUUGUGAACCGUUUCUCAUCUGAUCUUUACUGUGUGGAUGACACACUACCCUUCAUCCUUAACAUAUUCCUGGCAACUAUCUACGGUCUCUUUGGGACACUGCUGUUGAUUAGUUACAGUCUUCCCUGGAUCUUGCUUGUUCUGGUGCCUUUGGUUAUCCUGUAUUUCUACAUGCAACGCUACUAUCGCUUCACCUCAAGAGAGCUCAAACGGCUCACAGCUAUCACACUGUCACCCAUCUAUACACAGUUCUCAGAGACUCUGACCGGUCUCACUACCAUCAGGGCAUCGCGAGCAGUUGCAAGGUUCGAGGAGGAGAAUACUCAUCGUCUGGAGCUUAACCAGCGCUGCCUUUACAUUGGCAACACUGCUGUGCAGUGGCUUGACAUCAGACUGCAGAUGAUUGGUGUUGCCGUGGUAACUUCCAUUGCUAUUAUUGCUAUUAUUGAACAUGCCCUGAAAAGGGGUAAUCCUGGCCUUGUGGGUCUUGCGAUGUCCUAUGCACUGUCAAUGACAAAUCUGCUGUCUGGGGUAAUAUCGAGCUUCACACAGACUGAAACACAGAUGGUCAGUGUGGAACGGUUGGAUGAAUAUUUCACUGAGAUCCCCAUCGAACCUCAGGAGGGGCAUAUUGAGGUUCCUUCCUCGUGGCCACAGCAUGGUGUGAUACGGUUCAGGGAUGUGGUCCUGAAAUAUCGGGAGGGGCUUCCUCACGCUCUCGAUGGAAUUAGUCUGCAGAUUGGUGCAGGAGAGAAAGUGGGAAUUGUUGGACGGACAGGCUCAGGAAAGUCCACGUUGUUUCUCGCACUCUUCCGGUUGGUGGAGUUGAGCGAGGGUCAGAUUUUCAUCGACAACAUCGAUAUAAAAACAGCCAGCUUGAGGGACAUUCGAUCGAAACUGGCUAUCAUUCCUCAGGAUCCAUUCCUCUUCAGCGGAACAGUGCGGGAGAACCUGGAUCCUCUGAGCCAACACACAGGCAGGGAGCUGCAAUCUGUUUUGGAACAGUGUCACCUCCUGGAUGUCAUUGAGAGGAUGGGUGGAUUGGAUGCUGAGCUCGGGGACAGAGGGAAGAAUUUAUCAAUUGGACAGAGACAGCUGAUCUGCCUUGCGAGGGCCCUUCUCACCAAGGCCAAGAUUCUGUGUAUUGAUGAAGCAACAGCCAGCGUGGACCAGAAAACAGACCAACUGCUGCAGAAGACUAUACGAGAACAAUUCGCAGACAAAACAGUUCUGACAAUAGCCCACAGGUUAAACACAAUCAUGGAUUCACACCGCGUACUGGUGUUGGAUGCUGGCAAAGUGAAGGAGUUUGACUCCCCAGCCGUUCUGUCUCAGAACCAGGACUCCUUCUUCUACAAUAUCUUAAAGGCGCCAACAUAGUGACAGCAAGAUGGCAGUCCCAAGCAGGCAGGUUGCCAAGGGGACGGAACCUCGGGGCUGAUUGCAUAUGCUCAAAACUUCACUUGGACCGUUUGGGAUCCAAAAAGCGCUCAGCACCUUACACCUUACAACACAACAAGGAAAAUGAAAUGUCACAAUUUCCGAAUGUUUAAUGAUUAGAAAUGGAUGUUUCUCCGUUAGUUGGCUUGGUUAGGGUCGAUCGGUGCUUCUCAGCUCAGUUCCGGAAUUCUCUAUCCAGGAACGAACCCAGAUCUCACUGCUUCAAUAAAUCGUGCUCCACACCAAUCAAUCUGCUUCCUUCACUCGGACACGAGCUCAUACCCGAAAACAUCCAAAUUAAUAUUCCCCCUCGGUCCGUGUCCCGUUCCCCACUGUUCUGCACGGUUUCGUAUUCCCCCUCGGUCCGUGUCCCGUUCCCCACUGUUCUGCACGGUUUCGUAUUCCCCCUCGGUCCCCGUCCCGUUCCCCACUGUUCUGCACGGUUUCGUAUUCCCCCUCGGUCCCCGUCCCGUUCCCCACUGUUCUGCACGGUUUCGUAUUCCCCCUCGGUCCCCGUCCC